AUGUCGAGCAACGAGAGCUUCCAAAGGAGUAAAAGAUUUAAAAAAAAUGCAAGAGUCCCUUGUAAUUGCGGAUGGGAAGUGAGAUUCGGUUAUGGUGUAGCAGUCACCUUGGCGAUAUUCGAGGCGAAACGUUUCUUCAUGUUGAUACUAGAAAUAUUCGCCGAAUGGCAGAUCAUUCGAUUCGCGGGUGGUUUACGACCCGUCAUAUUUACACUGAUAAACGUCAGCUUAGGUUUGCCGACUGCGAUGAUAACCGUUCGUAGCAUACGCGCAAGAAAGGUGCCACGUUGCUGUGCAGAAACCAGACGAACCCUAAGAUGCCUGCUGAUAGCAAUCGCCAUAUGCGCUAUAAUGAACGCAGCCACUCUAGUUUCCAUAGGAUACCACAUAAGCGUAAGACAAGAAUCGCUGAUCGACAUUUUCAACAGCUCAAUGCGAUUGUAUGCAAGUGCAGCUUCUUACAAGUACGCCAUCGACGAGAUACAGUUCAUCUUUCAAUGCUGCGGUCAUUCCUCCUACACAGAUUGGUUCCUCUUUGACUGGCAGGUGAAUCCACCAUUCAAAACGGGGAGUGGAUUAUGCAUCCCGCGAAGAAAUGGCUGUGCAGAAUCAAAUAUCCGACGAAGAAUAUAG